GCAAUAAAGAAAGACAAGCUACAAAAAUGACUAUGGAAACAAAGAUACAAAGUUGAAGCAAUAAAGAAAGGCAAGCUACAAAAAUGACCAUGGAGACAGACGAGCCAUUGACGCCGGCCGGACGGUUGUUUAUCCAGCCGGAAACGAACAUAGUCGUCCUAUGCUGCUUAGGAACUAAACAACCACUUCGAAUAGAGGCCAUAAAAUCCGUUAUAGCAGAUUCAAUGUUAGUGAAACACCCAAGGUUAUCUAGUGUCUUGAUCGUCGACAAAAAUGGUCGAGAGUACUGGAGAAAAACAGAGAUCGACUUAGAUCGUCACGUCGUAGUCCGUCAUGACCCCGUUGAAGAAGCCACUGACGACGAGGACGCAGCAAAUCUCUACAUGGCUGAUCUUGCUGUGUCAACCCCACUUGCCACUGACAAGCCUUUAUGGGAACUCCAUCUAUUGACUUCUCAUAAAUGCGCUGUGGUUCGUGCUCAUCACGCGCUCGGAGAUGGGAUCUCCAUGUUAUCGUUUUUUAUGGCAAUGUGUCGGAAAGCAGAUGAUCCGGAGACAAUGCCCAAUAUGAAUUAUGUUGUUGACCCAAGAAACAAACAUAGCGGGGAAGAAGCCAUUGGAUGGAUAUUGUGGAGGUUGUUGAAGGUGAUAUGGCUCACGUUGGUGUUUGUUUUUGAUUUCAUAGCAAGAGUUUUGUGGGUUCGAGAUGAGACAACAGUGAUCAGUGGCGGAGCUGGGGUAGAGCUAUGGCCAAGGAAAUUGGUGACUGCAAAAUUUUUGAUUGACGAUAUGAAACUCGUCAAGAAAUCCAUACCUAAAACAACAAUAAACGACGUUUUGUUCGGGGUAAUAUCAUUUGGGCUAUCAAAAUACCUGGACACACGAUCACCAAAAUCUUUACAUGAAGGUUUGAGAAUGACCGGAUUAGCCAUGGUCAAUUUACGACCUCAAGCAGGACAUCAGGAUCUGAUUAAAAUGAUGCAAGAUAAAUCGAUGGGAUGGGGGAACAAAUUCGGAAUGUUGUUGUUACCCGCAUACUACUAUAGUAGUAGAUCGGAUCCAUUGGAGUAUUUGAGGAGGGCAAAAACCAUGAUUGACCAGAAAAAGUCUUCUUUAGAGAGUUUCUUUUCCUACAAAUUUGGGUACUUGAUCAUGUCCAUCAUGGGUGCAAAGUAUGCAAGUCUACUGAAUUACAAAAUUCUAUGUAACACGACGUUCACAAUUUCGAACAUGGUUGGUCCAAAAGAGAAAGUUAUGUUUGCCGACCAUCCAGUGGACUACAUGAAAACGACUUCAACAAGUUUACCACAUGGGAUUACAAUGCACAUGGUGAGCUACGCAGGAACGGCUUACAUGCAGCUUCUAGUGGCAAAAGAUCUUGUACCUGACCCUGAAGUAUUAGCCAAAUGCUUGGAAGAUGCAUUGCUUGAAAUGAAAGAAGCUGCGGUGGCCACGAUUAAAAAUAAGAAACCAAGUAAAGAGGAACAAAUUGAUAAAAUAUAAAAGAUAAUAAUCACAAAAGCCAUUUUGAGUUUGGAAUUAUUCAUUUGUCAUUUUAAACUUCUUUUUCUUUGGUUUGGUUUUGUGUGAAGUUAUUUGGGGAGGGGCAAUGUUCUGAUUCAAC